AUGGGAGACCUGAACAAUACGCUCUCGCAUGAAGACAAGCUUGGUGAAAAUCCUUAUCCUGAGUGGCUGCUGCAAGGUUUUCACAAGGCUAUUUCAGAUUGCAACCUUAUCAAUUUUGAUUUAUCUGGUUAUCAAUACACAUGGGAAAGAGGCAAGGGCACCGCAAAUUGGAUUGAAGUAAGGUUAGACAGAGCUCUCACUACUCAAAGUUUGAUGGAUUUAUUUAAUGAUGCUAAACUUUUUAAUCUUAAACUUUCUUCUUCUGACCAUUACCCUAUACUUAUGGAACCUUUGCAUAAGUCUUUUGUCCCCUUUGUAAGGAAAUUUCGGUUUGAAAACACUUGGCUAAGGGUGCCUAUGUGUAUGAAAAUUAUCAAGGACAGUUGGGAGUCUUGCAAUGAGUUGGAUAUUCAACAGAAAAUUAUUAAUUACAGCGAAAUUCUUCAAGUUUGGGAAAAGGAUUAUACAAGUAAUUUCAAAGAUAGAAUAAAAGAGUAUAAGGCUGAGAUUAAUCGUUUGAAAAAGGAGAGGGAUGAGGCCUCGCUGUCAAAGUUUAAGGAAGCUAAGAAGAAACUUUUCGAAGUUUUCACUCAAAGAGAGAAUGGCAAAAACAGCUCUAUGGCCUUAAAACUUGAUAUGAGCAAGGCUUACGACCGUCUAGAAUGGUCCUUCUUAAGAGCAGUUUUGCAACGGAUAGCCUUCAGUGAUACUUGGAUUAAACUUCUAAUGACUUGUGUGUCGACAGUCUUUUACAAGUUUGUACGUGGUGGAAGGGAAAUUGGUCCUUUGAUACCUUCUCGGGAUAUUCGACAAGGUGAUCCUUUGUUGCCUUAUUUGUUUAUUAUUUGUGCAGAGGGGCUUUCCUCCCUUUUACAUAGAUAUGAGAUGAAUGGCUCUAUUCGGGGUUGUAAAGUGGCUAGGGGAGCUCCGGUGGUUUCUCACAUGUUAUUUGUUGAUGACAGCUAUGUGUAUUGCAAAGCUACUAAACAAGAAGCUUCGAAUGUCCUUAGUCUUCUUAGGGUGUUUGAAGGCGCCUCUAGUCAACAGGUCAAUUUUGCAAAGUCUUUUAGUUUUUUCAGCUCUAACACGGAGGCAAGUUUCCGAACUAGGAUAUGUGGUUUAUUGGGGAUUGAGGAGGUUGGUGAAAAUAGUUCUUAUUUGGGUCUCCCUAAUACUAUAGGUCGUAAGAAGACUACUACCUUGGGCUUUCUUAGUGAUCGAUUGAAAAAGCGAAUACAAGGGUGGGAGGGUAAGAUUCUUUUUCGGGCCAAUAAAGAAGUCCUUCUAAAGACGAUUGCCCAAUCACUUCCAAAUUAUGCUAUGAGAAUUUUUCUUUUACCAUUGGACACAUGUAAAGAACUGGAACGACUCAUGGCAAGAUUUGGGUGGCAAUCUGAUUCUUCUAAACAAAAAGGCAUUCAUUGGAUGAGUUGGUCGCGCUUGAGUCGUCAUAAACAUGUUGGAGGGUUGGGUUUUUGUAAUCUACAUGAUUUUAAUUUAGCCCUUUUAGGCAAACAAGGCUGGCAAUUAUUGACUCAAAGUAAUUCUCUAGCUGGUAAGGUGUUUAAGGCUAGAUAUUAUCCACAGAGUUCGUUCCUUUUAGCUACACUUGGUGAUAACCCGAGCUUCGUGUGGAGAAGUAUCUUUGAGUCACAACAACCUCUUCAAGCUGGUAUUCGUAGAUCCAUUGGUGGGGGUAGUGAAGCUUUCAUUUUGAAUGAGACUUGGUGGCCAGAUAAUGAGCACCCGUAUGUGAUCUCUAAUCAUCCUGGAUUAAUUAACAAGGUUGUCUCUAGUUUGUUUCAAUUUAAUGAUCGUGCUUGGGAUGCUAAAAUACUACAGGAUCUGUUUGACACCAGAGACCGUGAGGUUAUUUUGAACAUCCAGCUGAGUUCUACUGCUACACAUGAUGAGUGGUAUUGGAAAAAAGAAACCUCAGUUGUCUAUUCUGUGAGGAGUGCAUAUCGUUUUCUUCAAGAGUUAAAAGGAUCGUGGUCUUUAGACAAUAAUGCAGGCUUUUGGCGCAAACAGUGGAAUUUGAAAAUUCCCCCAAAAGCUCGAAACUUUCUGUGGCGUGCCAUUUCUAAUUGCCUUCCUACACGAACUCAACUUUGCACUAAACAUGUUGAGCUUGUUAAUGUGUGCCCAAUGUGUAAUGCCUUUGCUCAAUCUAACUUUCAUGUUCUUGUUGGCUGCACUUUUGCAAGAUCAUGUUGGCCUAGAUCUUCUAUUUCUGUGGAAGUGUUACUUCAAGUUUUGGAGAUUGGUGGGCCAACUUGA